CACCUGACACCACUGAUGAGUGGAAUUAAAAGACACCAAGCAGUCUUCACAGCAUCUUCACCAGGAGUAAACUCCAUCUCAAGAAAUCAUUUCUCUGCCCAUCUUGCCAAGGAUGACAUUGAUCUCGAUGCCUUGGCUGCAGAAAUAGAAGGAGCUGGUGCUGCCAAAGAACAGGAACCUCAAAAGUCAAAGGGGAAAAAGAAAAAGGAUAAAAGAAAGCCAGACUUUGAUGAAGACGAUAUCCUGAAAGAACUGGAAGAAUUGUCUUGGGAAGCUCAAGGCAUCAAAGCUGACAGAGAAAGUGCUGCAGUAAAGCCAACAGAAAAUAAUGAAGAAGAAUCCACCUCAAAACAAGAUAAAAAAAAGAAAGGACAGAAAGGCAAAAAACAAAGUUUUGAUGAUAAUGAUAGUGAAGAAUGGGAAGAUAAAGAUUCAAAAUCAAAAAAGACUGCAAAGCCAAAAGUGGAAAUGUACUCUGGGAGUGAUGAUGAUGAUGAUGAUUUUAAUAAACUUUCUAAAAAAGCUAAAGGGAAAGUUCAGAAAUCAAAUAAAAAGGGGGAUGGAUCAGAAGAAGAUGAGGAUAACAGUAAAAGAGUUAAAGAGCGUUCCAGAGUAAAUUCUUCAGGUGAAAGUGGUGAUGAAUCAGAUGAAUUUUUGCAGUCUAGAAAAGGACAGAAAAAAAAUCAAAAAAAUAAGCCAGGUCCUAAUGUGGAGAGUGGGAAUGAAGACGACGACUCCUCCUUCAAAAUUAAGACAGUGGCCCAAAAGAAGGCAGAAAAGAAAGAACGUGAAAGAAAAAAGCGAGAUGAAGAAAAAGCAAAACUGCGGAAGCUGAAAGAAAAAGAAGAGCUAGAGACUGGGAAAAAGGAUCAGAGUAAACAGUCUCAAAAGAAAUCUGAAGAAGAAGCUGUAAAAUCCAAAGUGGCCCUUGAUAUUGGAGCAGUCCCUGCCUCUGAAGAGAAAGGAGAGACUCCCACAGCUGCUGAAGAUGACAAUGAAGGAGACAAAAAGAAAAAAGAUAAGAAGAAAAAGAAAGGAGAGAAGGAAGAAAAAGAGAAAGAGAAGAAAAAAGGACCUAGCAAAGCCACAGUAAAGGCUAUGCAAGAAGCUCUGGCUAAGCUUAAAGAAGAAGAAGAACGACAGAAGAGAGAAGAGGAGGAACGCAUAAAGCGGCUUGAAGAGUUAGAAGCUAAGCGUAAAGAAGAGGAAAGACUAGAACAAGAAAAGAGAGAAAGGAAAAAGCAAAAAGAGAAAGAAAGAAAAGAACGCUUAAAAAAAGAAGGGAAACUUUUAACUAAAUCCCAGAGAGAAGCCAGAGCCAGAGCUGAAGCUACCCUUAAACUUCUACAAGCUCAGGGUAAGUACAGUUUUAAAGAAAACACGGUGCAUAUAGAAGUAAAAGAAAAUCCUGAGGAGGAAGAGGAGGAGGAGGAAGAAGAGAGUGAAGAAGAUGAGAGUGAAGAGGAAGAGGAAGAGGAAGGAGAGAGUGAAGGCAGUGAAGGUGAUGAAGAAGAUGAAAAGGUGUCCGACGAGAAGGAUGCAGGGAAAAUGUUAGAUAAAAAACCAAGUAAAGAAAUGAGUUCAGAAUCUGAAUACGACUCUGAUGAUGAUCGAACUAAAGAAGAAAGGGCUUAUGACAAAGCCAAACGGAGGAUUGAGAAACGGCGACUUGAACAUAGUAAAAAUGUAAAUACAGAAAAGCUAAGAGCUCCUGUUAUUUGUGUACUUGGACAUGUGGACACAGGGAAGACAAAAAUUCUAGAUAAACUUCGUCACACACAUGUACAAGAUGGUGAAGCAGGCGGCAUUACACAACAAAUUGGGGCCACCAAUGUUCCCCUGGAAGCUAUUAACGAACAGACUAAGAUGAUUAAAAAUUUUGAUAGAGAGAACGUACGAAUUCCAGGAAUGCUCAUUAUUGAUACUCCUGGGCAUGAGUCUUUCAGUAAUCUGAGAAACAGAGGAAGCUCUCUAUGUGAUAUUGCCAUUUUAGUCGUUGAUAUUAUGCAUGGUUUGGAGCCCCAGACAAUUGAAUCUAUUAACCUUCUGAAAUCUAAAAAAUGUCCCUUCAUUGUUGCACUCAAUAAGAUUGAUAGGUUGUAUGAUUGGAAAAAGAGCCCCGAUUCUGACGUGGCUGCUACUUUAAAGAAGCAAAAAAAGAAUACAAAAGAUGAAUUUGAGGAGCGAGCAAAGGCUAUUAUUGUGGAAUUUGCACAGCAGGGUUUGAAUGCAGCUUUGUUUUAUGAGAAUAAGGAUCCCCGUACUUUUGUGUCCUUGGUACCUACCUCUGCGCAUACUGGUGAUGGCAUGGGAAGUCUGAUCUACCUUCUUGUUGAGUUAACUCAGACUAUGUUGAGCAAGAGACUUGCACACUGUGAGGAGCUAAGAGCACAGGUUAUGGAGGUUAAGGCUCUCCCAGGAAUGGGCACCACUAUAGAUGUGAUACUGAUCAAUGGGCGUUUGAAGGAAGGAGAUACAAUUAUUGUUCCUGGAGUAGAGGGGCCCAUUGUAACUCAGAUUCGAGGCCUCCUAUUACCUCCUCCAAUGAAGGAAUUACGGGUGAAGAACCAGUAUGAAAAGCAUAAAGAAGUAGAAGCAGCUCAGGGAGUAAAGAUUCUUGGAAAAGACCUAGAGAAGACAUUGGCUGGUUUACCCCUCCUGGUGGCUUAUAAAGAAGAUGAAAUCCCAGUUCUUAAAGAUGAGUUGAUCCAUGAGUUAAAGCAGACACUAAAUGCUAUCAAGUUGGAAGAAAAAGGAGUCUAUGUCCAGGCAUCUACACUGGGAUCUUUGGAAGCUCUACUUGAAUUUCUAAAAACAUCAGAAGUGCCCUAUGCAGGAAUUAACAUUGGUCCAGUCCAUAAAAAAGAUGUUAUGAAGGCUUCGGUGAUGCUGGAACAUGAUCCCCAGUAUGCAGUAAUUUUGGCCUUUGAUGUGAGAAUUGAACGGGAUGCACAAGAAAUGGCUGAUAGUUUAGGAGUUAGAAUUUUUAGUGCAGAGAUUAUUUAUCAUUUAUUUGAUGCCUUUACGAAAUAUAGACAAGACUACAAGAAACAGAAACAAGAAGAAUUUAAGCACAUAGCAGUAUUUCCCUGCAAGAUGAAAAUCCUCCCCCAGUAUAUUUUUAAUUCUCGAGACCCAAUAGUGAUGGGAGUGACUGUGGAAGCAGGUCAGGUGAAACAGGGGACACCCAUGUGCGUCCCUAGCAAAAAUUUUGUUGACAUUGGAAUAGUCACAAGUAUUGAAAUAAACCAUAAACAAGUGGAUGUUGCAAAAAAAGGACAAGAAGUCUGUGUCAAAAUAGAACCUAUCCCUGGGGAAUCUCCCAAAAUGUAUGGAAGACAUUUUGAAGCUACAGACAUUCUUGUCAGUAAGAUCAGCCGGCAGUCCAUUGAUGCCCUCAAAGACUGGUUCAGAGAUGAGAUGCAGAAGAGUGAUUGGCAGCUUAUUGUGGAGCUGAAGAAAGUAUUUGAAAUCAUCUAAUUUUUCCACAUGGGGCAGGAAUUGGAAUAAAUGCAAUAUUAUGUUCUAAAAUCACCAGGAAAAACCAGACAAAAAUGGAACGGAUGUAUCUGGACACUGAUGAACUUAAGUAUGGAAGGAAAAAAAUAGGUGUAUAAAAUGUUUUCCAUGAGAAACCAAGAAACUUACACUGGUUUGACAGUGGUCAAUUACAUGUCCCCACUGUUGUUCCAACGUGCCUGUUCACCUGCCCCCCCCCCCC